CAGCCGAAUCGAUCGGGUCCAAACCACAAACUCCAACACCACCGUGAUAUUUAUGUAACCCUUUUUUAUUUGACGGGAAGAUAUUUAUGUAACCCUUACAAAACUAACGAGGAGUAAUGUUUUUGUGUACCAGAACCUCAUUUUAAUCACCUGAAAGCUUAAACCCUAGCCGCUCCUAAACCCCUCUUCCUCUCUCUUCAUUCCGUUUCAUUUCUCAGAUUAUUGGCGAAAAUGGCGUUCUGUAACAGGAUUGGCAGCAUGCUUAGUCAGAGCAUCUCACAAAAUUCUGGCUCGUCUAUGAUGAAUGCUAUUAGGUGCAUGUCCUCCAAGCUCUUUAUUGGAGGUCUUUCGUUCUCAACUGAUGACAACUCAUUGAAGAAUGCAUUUACCAGUUUUGGUGAAGUAGUUGAUGCAAGGGUCAUCAUUGAUAGAAACACCGGAAGGUCCAGGGGAUUUGGGUUUGUUAACUUUGCAGAUGAUGAAGCUGCAAACAGUGCAAUGUCUUCCAUGGAUGGCCAGGAUCUGGAUGGUCGUGCUAUCCGCGUGAGUGUUGCAACUGAGAGGCAGCCACCUUCUUCUGGAGGAUAUGGUGGCCGCGGCGGCGGUUACGGAGGUGGUGGUGGUGGAGGCCGUGACGGUGAUUACUAAAUUAAGUGAGUCUGUAAUUGUUGUUCAUAGCAAGUGGCUUUAGGAAAUGGAUGCAAUUUAGGAUUUGUUUAUUUGCUUCUACUGGUUUGCGAUUCUGCACCAUUAUCAUAUCACUGAUUUGGUUCUCGAACACUCUUUAUGAUCGAUAUUGGUAGUGAUGUUGCAGUA